AAAAAAAUCACCAACCCUGCUAACAAAACAAUUCAGAAGGAGAUAUUUUCUUUGCCAAACUUAUAAAAUUUAGGGUAAGUUGUAAAAUCAGGUUAUAAGUUCAAAUUAUAUAAUUAAUAAUAUUUUGUCCAUUGAUUGCUGUUUUCUUUAGGGAGAGACAUGAUCAAAAUGGAGGAUAAUCCUGUGAGGUUUUCUCCUUUUUCCCACCGAAAUCCAAAUGAAGUGAGUAUUGUGUGCAUUGACCAUUGCUACGCAAAACCAUGGAGCACUCAUCCAGAUGCCAGCAAUGCUCAACCCUUGCGUAUGCUAUUCAUGGAAAAAUUUCCUCGCCCAGAAACUCGAGACAAAGAAAGCACUGAUACAGAUAUUGAUGUUGAGGGAGAAGACCCUGUGUCCACCCUGCCUUACGAUGUGAACAAAGCUCGAUCACAGAUGGUGGACUGUGAGAAACACGCUGCUCUCUUGUGUCCUGAUCAGUCAGAAAUGAGAGAUGACUGGGAAGAAAAUAUUGCUGCUAUGAGAAAUUCUUGGUCAGUUCUUCAAAACAGAGUAUUUGCCAAGGUCAUGAGGGUCUUACAGGCUGACAGACUCUCAAGACUGUCCAUUCAGGAGACAAAAAAUGAGCCUAUUUUGAGGCGUCUUCAAGUAGACAAAGCUGCCAGAAGAGUGCGCCAAGCAUUCGCCAAUGUUGGAUGGGAUAUGACUCUUAUUCUCUGGAUUCACAAUUUGUUUGUGGAAAAUCUGCGAGGACAGCUUUUUAUUUCCUAUUUAGAAGUUCUUCAAACACUCAAAGCAAAGAUUCCCUCACUAAUUGACCGACUCAUCAGUGGAACAACACUAAAGCAAGAUACAUUGUCAUCAGAGUCUCUGAAUGCCUUGUUGAAAAAGUCAUGGGAUCCAGUUCUAGCAAGCAUCAAUCAACAGAAACUGAAAAAAUUGCCAGAGAAUCCACUGCUCCUAGUGAUACCAAGUGCCCCAUCUUUUGUCUCAAACCCAUUAUCCUCGAAGCGGCAUAAGUUCUGGUACAGUCAAAUGGCUGCCAUGGGCAAAGUGAUCAAUGUGAUUCCCAUCAAUAACAGCACCAGCAUCACCAUUGCCAACUGUGUGGAAAACAUGAUUGCAACUGUGCGCUCAAAGUUAUUAGAGGUGAAAGGUCACUACCCAGGUAGACCCAUUGUCCUCAUUGGAUGGCAUGUUGGAGCUGUAGUCGCUUGUCAUGUAGCUUUAAUGGAAAUUGUUCAGGCUGUUGUGUGCUUAGGCUUUCCUACAAUGGGAGUCAGUGGCAACAGAUGGGAUAUAGAGGAUCAGUUGUACAGCUGCAAAACACCUACCCUGUUUAUUGUGGGCCAAUUCGCUAACGCCAACUCUUUGGAUAUGUUGGAGGAGGUCCGCGAGAAACUGCGAGUGGAGACGGGGCUUGUUGUAGUGGGCGGGGCAGAUGAUCACCUGCGCAUGUGCCGGGCGAAGAAACGGAGCUGCAAUGUCACACAAUCUAUGGUUGACCGAUGUAUCAUGGAUGAGGUUUUUGACUUCCUGGGAAGCAUAUUAUGUCAAGUUAACCUCCAGUCAGAGCCCAUGGAAGAGCCAGAGCCAGUUAAAAAACCACGGAAAAGAAAACAAAAGGAUUUGGCGACAACUGUUAGCUCACAGACUAUUGGGAACAUAGCAAAGCAGUCAUCUCUCAAAGUUGCGAAGGCUUUGGCCUUGUCGAGCUCGUCUACCAGCAUGUUGAGUGGUCAGGUAUCUGUGUCAGCACCUGGAAAAAUUGCCAAAAGGGCAUCCCCGAAGAAGAAAGCGUCUAAGUCUGGAGGAGAUCCUGCAGUUUUUGGCAAAAAGCCCUUGCUCCAUCUGAGUUUUCCGUCUUCUCCCACGACAUCUGUUCCAGGGGAGACCACCACGACCAGCACAGCAGCAGUGUCAUCUGUCAGUGAGGCGGCUGCCAUUGCCUCUGCUCCAGAGCUGUCAAAUCUUCUCCAGAGUAUCAGAACAAGUCUGAGCAGAAGCAGUAACACUGUGUCCACUCUUUCCCCUGCCAAGGUUAUCUCAACCUCAGCACCGACAACCAACUCAGCUCAAUCACAGACUCCAGCUUCUUCAGUAUCGGGCUCAGCUUCCUCCUCUUCAGCAGCCUCGGGUCUGUCAAGGUUUUUAGCUAGCUCAGCUUUGUUAAGAAACACGAGUUUAAUUAAAUCUGCAGAGCUAAAUGCCUCUUUGACCAACACUGUGGACACCCUCAAUACAUCUGGCCCCAAACAGCAACCGCAAAUUCUGAUAAGAGCGGGACCAACGUCUGAGCCUUUCUCAAUCCCUCUGUCAUUCAGCAUGGCCAGUAAAGUGCUGAAAACCUCCUCUGGGGUGAAGUUAGGAGACAGUCUAAUGGGUACCUCUCAGAUCCAACAUCUACUUGCUUCAUCUCCUGUGACCUCCUCAACGACCACAGCUUCCAGCAGCUCAUCUGCACCUAGUCAGCUUCUCCAAGUCUCGGCAGGGAACACGUCGUCUGUAUCUUCAUCUUUAACCUCAUCAUGUACACCUCCACUGUCCACAUUUUCAAGCCCUGUUCCAAGUUGUUCUGGCUCUACCUCUGUGUCAGUAAGUAGCUCAGUCCACACUUCGCCGGGGGCAUCUAUUUUCAACAUGGGCAACGACUCUGUAUCCAUGAAGGAGAGCCCACCUGGCAAUGUUCCAGCCCCUGGAACUGUCAGCAUUGACCUCGGCCAGAUUGCCUCCAGCAGCAGCUCGAACGUCCUGAAACUGAAUUCUCCUCCGAAAGUUUCCCUCAUUCCUCUCAGCAAACAGCUGCAAGGCUUAUCUGGCACAUCUCCAGAAAGGGCGCUACUCGGAGGACAAGUAGGUAGCCCUGAAGUUCCUUCAGGUCAGUCAUUGUUAGCUCAGCAGCAGACGCCUCUAGAGAGUUUGACACCAUCCACUCACACUACAACAUCAACAGCCAGAUCCCUACAGCUUCUUCCCUCUACAGACUCGAGUAAAAAUCUCACACCAAUAUCCCACAGAGGUCUCACAGUGACUCCGACAACACAGUUUCUAUCUACUAUCAAUUCCCCUUCUGGGCUCAUCACUCUUCAACUGGCUCCGUCGAGAAAAGACUCAGCAGCUACUGUUGUGACGUUUACCAAAGACCAAACAGAUGUUGAUGCAAAACAGCGUAUCUUACAGCAACAAAUCCUUCAUCUUCAUGAUCUGGCUUCCAGCACUAAGCAAGUAGACUCGACCUCUGUCGUUUCUUCAUUCUCCAAAUCAGAAUCAGAGAAAAAGCUCUCUCAGUCAACAGAGCAGAGUCCAAGUAGAAGUUCUACGUCCACUUUGUCCACACUGGUGAUGACACCAGCUAGCAAAGCAAGUUACUCUCCAGGCCAGAUAGUCCUGCAGUACAAGAGCCCAUCAUCUCACACUUUGUUGUCCCAUGGAAGCAGCAAGCCUGGCUCCCCUCAGAUGGUGAUAGCCACUACCUCUGAGACUCUUGGACAAGUGACCUCGCUUCUUGAGUCAAGUCCAAUUACUCUUGGUGAUCAGCGUCGUGGUUCCUCCAUCCUGUCUUCACCGAGUCAGGGAGGACAAGACUCACCCAGCCCCUUAUCAAAGGCCAUGAGUCGCUUGUCUGCACCGUCGCCGUCAAGUUCUUCUGCAGUUUCAUCGACGUCAUCAUCACCAAACCCGAGUCAGUCUAGUUCGGGAGCUACCAGAGCCAGCAAGACCACCAUAUCCUCCUACACAGCCACUUCCAAACCUGUACUGCCUACAAUAGCCUCCACUCGUACACGUAGAAUCAAAACUCCAAAGCAGUACGAUUUGUAGACUUCUCGUGUCAACUUCUAUUGCAUUAUGUCAUGUAUACCUACAAAUUUGUUCAAUAUUCCCUCGUUAAACCUGCUUUAAGUGUUUCCUGUUCUGUGUUUUGUCAGUCAGUUCUUUGUUUUUUCUGAGCAACUUCAUCAAUUUUAGUUCUGACAAAACAUCUUGCAGCAAGUGACAAAUAUCAUUUGGUAAUUGCUCAAUGAGGAUCUAUGGAGGCUGAGUAUAAAUGUUAGUUGGAUAUCAAAUUGGGAUGUGAUCUGAAGUUGUUUUUAUGCAGAAUAGUAAUAGAUAUUUUUAUAGUCAGAAUGAUUUGUAUAAUGUAGAUCCAUGUAUUAGUUUCUACUUGUACGGACUGCUGUUUAUCUUUUUAAUGAGUAUCACUCAAGGCCAAAGAGCAUACAAUUCCCUUGGGGCUGUCUAGAAUUUGGUGUACAUGUGAUUUGUUUUUUCAAAGUAUUUGUUAAAAACAUCAAAUGUUGAAAAAAGCUGUGUUAGAAACUCAGUGAGAACAAAAUCUGUCAGUACAUAGAGAACAUAACCUUCCAGUGUCCAUCUCUAUUGUCCAACCUCAUGAAAUUUGAUUUUAGAUAAAGGUUAGGGGGAGAUGAACAUGUAAUUGGUUGCAACAUGUUUGGUUUAUUCCCCUGUGCAUGGCAAUCGCUCAAGACAGAUCAAGAUGAGACAAGACUAGCCACGGUUUGUUGCUUGUCUCUCUCCUCUACCAGUCUACCACCAGUCAUGAUGACAAUUGUUGCUAUCCCAUUAUACCACUGGCCCUGCUGUACUUCCAACUUAAUGCUCUGUAUAACAGGGUUCGAUUGUAUUUGACUCCUGAUAGACUAGUGUUUGUUUAGGUAAAGAGAAGUACUUUGACACUGGUCAUUUAAUGCUGGGAAAAAGUAAGUCAGACAGACAGAAACAACAGAGGGAAAGUAAAGAAGUAGUACCUACCUACCAGUGGCGCCCUCCAAACAUCUGCAUGGAUUAGUGUAUUUUUUUCAAAACUGAAGUGUCAUGUUGUACACACCAUUAGAUUAGGAAGCCAUUAGUGUUCUGACAUGACUCCACAUCCGUAUGUUACUCUACAUUGUUUAAAGUAUACUGAAGAUGCCCUUUAUUUCACAACCCCUAAGUCAUGUAUGUUGUAAAGUUGCUUUGGAGUGGUUCAGUCAUGGAGUUUAAGUAUAUCUUAAACUUUUAAAGAUAUUUUGAUAUCCUUACUUUUGCUCUUGGAUGAAUCUGAAACACCCAGUAAGAUGAGUUGAAGAGUCUGUUUAACCCUUUGAGCCCUGACCUGCUGAUGCUACUAUACCCCUCUGCCUGAGCUCCUGAGCGAUAUAUUACUAACAUUCAUGUGAUCAUCAGAAUCACAUUCUAUAUCCCACCCAUGAUAGUCUUCGUCAUUACCAGCAUCAAGUUCAGAAAGAUCUUCAAAAUAAUCUGUAACGUCCUGUCUAAUAAACACCGUUUCCCUCACACGUUUUGUCCCAGGGGGGCUGGUGUGGGGAUAGGGUCUCAUUCACUGCUGUACCUGUGAUUAGGCAUAUGUGCCACCGGCGUAUUGGCUCAAAGGGCUAAACAAGAAUAAUGUGUUCUCAGAUAUGUGGUUGCUGUAUCAAGAGUAAAAUGAGUAAAUCCAUCUGACCCGUUUAAAAAACGGAGUUAUGGUAGCCUACUCAUUUUUCUUUCAUUGCAAUAUUUCCUUUUUGUGUACAUGACUCAUUUUAGUUGAACUGUUCAAGUUAUUAUUUGGCUUCUGGGUUGCUCACUUUUAGUGUUUCAAGGAGUGCAAUGUAAAUUACAAUGUUCAAAAUCGCCUGAUUUGUCUUUACUUCAUACCAUAAUAAUGAUACAUUUUCAUUAAACUUUCCAUUGUUGUUUGAAAAAGUU